AUGACACCACACAAAGCGGCCCAUAACGUAGAACCAGAUCUCUCUACCUUGAAGGAAUGGGGCUGCCAGGUAUGGGUGCACUAUAGCGGUGGCUCUAAACUUGACGCACGUGCGCGCACUGGGCAAUGGAUGGGAUUUGAUGCCGAGAGUAAAGGCCAUCGGAUUUUCUGGCCAGACAAACGAACUGUUAGUGUGGAGCAAUCUGUUAUUUUUGCACCUGUGAGUGACUCACCGGGCAGCAACAAUGAUCAGACCCCCUUUAGGCUUGAGGGGGAGAAUGAUCCUAUAACAUUGCAAGCGCCAAAAGGGAGUCAAAUCAUUGACUUGUAUGAUGCUGAGGAUGCUCCAAAGGAAGACGCACCUUACGCUCCACCCGAAGUGCAGCAAAUUCCCCCCAAUCCCCCCAAUCUUGAUCAUCUUGACAAUCGUCCUCAGCCUCCUCCUCUUCCUCAACCCCCAGCCCCCCGCCGAAGCACUCAAAUCCGUCAACCAGCGCAGUACGUGUGUGACCUACUUCAGGGAAAAGGGUCAGUAUCAGGACUCGACGACGGACCCAUUUUACCGAGAGGAAUCCAGCUAAAUAUCAACGAUGCUGAUGGGAGCAAUGAAGAAGAGCAAAACAAUGAGGCCCUGAGAGACUUGGCCCAAAAUGUGGCCAUGGUCGCAUGCAUGGCCGAUCUUGAUGGCAUUGAGCCGAGGACCGUCGAAGAAGCCCAAAGACGCCCAGAUUGGGAUAAAUAG